AUGUCAGUGUGCUGAAAAUGUUGACGACGUUUUCCAUCUGUAUUUUCCUGGCAAUUUCUCAACAAGUUUUCGGAGAGACUUUCACAUUCCCUGAAUUUGAUUACAAAGAGACCAGCAAGAAUGAGCUUUCCUUCCGAGAGUUUGAAUCUGCUUGUGACCAAACAAACCGCUGCAAUGUCCUGAAGCCUGGAAUUUUGAGGACAAAGUGUGUGCGGGAGUGCAUCUCUCCUUCUUGCUAUCAAGACGUUUAUCGCUUCAAUGAACUCGAAGAGGGCGAAAUCGAUGUGCGGCUACACUCCUUCAAAGGAUGCUUCAUCCAGCGCUUAGGCAGGUCCAGAAACUAAUGGGGUAGCCUAAAUAAAUACGUGAUUUAUUGGAACUAAACUAGAGU